AUGUAACAAAAUUAGGAAAAUGUUUAGAAUCUAAUUUUAAAUUAUUGUUUAGUUGGGUUGGGUGAGAAGUAUAGUCCGAUGAUGAAAAAUCAAAGAAGGUUUUUGACAUCAAUUGAAUUGCAUGAAAAUAAAUGUAUGACCUUAUAUAAUGAACAAUUCAUAAUUCAAUAGGAAUCAUUAGAUAUAUUGGGAAAUGGGAAACUAUUUCUAAAUUGUGUGUAUAAUGAGCAGAACAAAGAUCCAAUAACUAACAUUGCAUUUGUUGAUGUCUAAGUUAGGGAAAGUCAAAUCCAAUUUAACUACAAAUACAGCUUAUGUCGGAUCAUGAAGUAGGCGAAUGUUAUGAAAUCUAUUCAAAUCACUGAUUGGGGUCUCAUCAAAGAUAAGGAGCACUUCGACAUAAGUCCUUAUUUGACCGAAUAGAAUACAUGCUAUAUUAUCGUCCAAUAAUAAACUUGGUUUUGGAAGACUAUGAUCCACUCCAUAAUUUAUAGGACACUGUGCAAUUUAGUUCAUUUAGCAAGAAGCAAUUGCAAAUCAUAAGAUGUAAGCAAUCCCUAUUUUACAUCAUUCAUAGAAAAGCCUCCCUUAGAGCAGACAUACACUCCUGAAAUACUUGAUCUCUACCCAUUUUGUUAUAAGGAAUCCCAAAAACAGAAACACAUUUAGAAUUUGUUCAAUGACAAUCCUGCCAUCAGCAAUUACUGCAUUCCAGAAGGCAUCCAGAUAGUACAGAAGAGUCAAACCCAAUUCCAGAACCCAAACCCAGUCACUUAUUAUUAAUUAAUGCAAUCUCCAAAGGGGGAUCUCAUAUACAUCUAUUGUCUACGCUAUUAUGAACAGUUAAACAAGAAGUAAGCUUAGAAACUUAAGUUGGAGAAUUACAGCAAUUUCCUCAUUCCAAAAGUCAUGGCUUUCAUAAGUUAUCAGAACUUCAUUAGUCAAUUUUCAUAAUUGUUGACCUACUUAUAUUCUAUCAGAGAGGAUUCAUAAAUUGAAUAACAUAUUGAAAGAGUGAUCUAAUAUCUAAAGUAUGCCAUAAAUCUCGAAAAGAUCUCCCUUAAACUAAUUAUAAACGACUAGCAAUUUCUAUUUCAAAAGCAUAUGAGAUAUCCAACAUGCUAAUUGAAAUCAAUCGACUAUGUGAUGAAUAAUAUCAAUUUGGAUAACAUCAUAUAACUUUAUACUGCUGUCCUAACAGAGAGAAAAAUCAGACUAUGUUCAAGUUCGAUAGUGAAUCCAGGUUGUGUUAUUGAAGCCUUGAUGACCUUCAUCUACCCCUUAUAAUAUUAAAAACUGUUGAUCUGCUAUUUGAAUUACGACAAUUCAUAAAUCAUUGAAACUCCAGAACCAUAUAUUAUAGGCUUAUUAGAAACAUUGCCACAACCAGCAUGUGAAUCUGAAGGAUAUAAAUUUAGUUUGGACUGCAAUGUUGCAUUUCAUGUUUCACCUCCUCCUGAAUUUCCACUCAUCGAUAAAUUAAGGAGAAAGCUAGAACCUUUCACUAAAUAAGAAAUCAAUGAAGCAAAUGCAAAGAAGAUCAAAGAGAUUUUCCUCAAGAUAAAUUUGAAAAUCCUGGAUCAUGCUUUUGAUUACGAUAUCAAGCAAAGGAACUGGAGUGCUUUAUUUUAAAAGAAGAAGCAGUCCCAAUAUCCAAUCAAAAGUAAAUUUUGGGAAAUCUUUUCAAGAACUCAACUCUUGUGUUCGUUUAUAGACAACAAUCAAUCCAAUCGAUAACUAGCUUCCUACUUUACAUAUUUUAACGCUUCUUUCUAACAAGUGAAUGAAAAUAAUAAUAGCAAGAUAUUUGCUGACAUCAAAACUAUUAAUAUCAACGAUUAACCUAAUCCAUUACUUCCAGCAAAAAAGAAAUAAUAAUUUUUCCCAUAUCUUACUCCUUACUAUUAUAUUAGAAACAAAUAGACUGCCUUAUAAACACAAGUCUAUAGAAUUUGGUUGCAAAUUAUUCAUAUGACUUAAUUAGAUAGUAAAGAAUUCUAUGAAUUGGCAAUUUAUCUUAAAAAAGAGAUUCCCUAUAUUGAAGACUUCGUUCAACAAAAGGAACAUGUUUAACUCCAUUAAUAUGAUGAUUUGAAUGACUAGUAAUUUCUAUUUUAAAAUGAAUGUCCUCAUUGCAAGAGAUAAAUUUCAAUAGAGGAAAUAUUGCAUAAGAUUCCCCCCACUUACUUACGAUAAACCAUCAGGUGCUCAAAGAGGAAGGGUUGUGGCAAACAAUUUACUCCCAAAAUGACUAUUUUCAAUAUUGGGGAAGUUGAUAUACUUAAUAUCCAUCAAUUACACUUCCAAUUGGACUCCUUAAAGGUGUUUGAGCCGAAGUUUUUUAAGAGUACGGAGUUCUGGAAUCUAAUCUUUUACUUUAGAUUGUUCAAACUUCCGAUUCCAUUUAUUAAUGAGAGUGAGGAAGCGUCUUAUUGCUUCAAGUAAAAGGAGAGUAGACUAAAAGGGAAUAAUAACAUUGGUUUGAGUGAAAACUUAAAAGCCUUACAAACUAAGAAGGUAGUGCAAACUAAGAUAAUAUAGUAUGGAGAAUGUAGUUCGAGAAAAUGA